CAAGAUUUCCUGCUAUUCUCUGUCUGGUCAAUGUGCCCCGUGCGGGAGGGAGACAUCUCAAAUGUAUCUAUUGUGAUCAAGUCAUACAUGUGAAAGUGCCCAUUGAACGUCUGUGCACUGGAGUUUAAUGAUGGAGUUGUUUCAUGCUUGUUUCUUAUUCUUUGCUAUCUAUCUUACUAGGAUGAAGCACGUCUACGCCUUCUCAAACGUGGCGCUAUACAAGCCAGCCAGCAUGGAUUCUUUCCGGGAUAUCUACCCACCAUCUGCAGCUGUGGAUGGAGACAGCACUACUGCCAUCCACACUGAUACAGUGUCAGUCCCCUUUCACUGGUGGGAAGUGGAUCUACUCAACUCCUACACCAUCACCACCGUCACUGUCACCAGCAGAGAUUGCUGCCCUGGUCGAUUCCGUAACUUCACAAUUGAUCUCACAUCGGAUCACCAAACCUCAGCUCCAGUCACGCAACUUUGUCACUACUACCCGGGGAGUUUCGCCAGAUUCGUCACCAGCACAAUAGCAUGUGAUGAGACAUUAACAGCACGAAAGGUCAAGGUCACUAUGGAUUCAUCGGAUGAUCGACCUCUUGAUAUAAAUGAGGUCAAGGUCAAAGGUCUUCACGUGUGUGGAAAUUACUGGCUACAAUUUACACUCAAUGCCGGAGUGAAACGUUCAGAGUCCCCGCUUCUUCAGACGGAUGUUGAAUCCAGACAAGCAUGUUCCCAUCGUUGCCGAGAAAACAUAGCUUGUGACGCCUUCCAGACUUUGACGUCAUCUAGUAGUGUGACGUGUCAGCUCUUUACUGGUAGAUCCGGUGCCACCAUCAGUGACAGUAACUGGAAGUACUACAGCUUUUCAGGAUGAGUUGAGUGAGUGAGUUUGGUUUUACGCCGCUUUUAGCAAUAUUCCAGCUAUA